AGCUUUGCAAAGGAUCAGUGUCCAGUCACACAGAGUGCAAUUGCAGACACAAACAAAGAGUGUACAUUAAGUUUAUAGAGGAAAAGAAAGAAGGAAGCAGGGUCAGGAUGUGUGUGUGAACAAUUGUAGGUACCAUCCUGACUGUCUAACCGCCAAGAAGAAGCAGGUGUGUGUUCAAAGACAAACUACUCCUUAGUUUGUACCGGGCAGUAGCAGAUAAGGAGCAUACAUGUGGGAACAGAUUCAUAUUCAGGGAUAUACAAAGCCAGCUCAUACAAAGUGCAGGAUAUAAUUUUUCUAUUACAUCAGUUAACAAGCUGGUGUCCUGAUAUCCAUUUAACAAACAGCUAGAGUUUAGAAAUGGUAUAUCCUGGGGUGUGUUUCCCUGGGUGGCGUUGUGGCCCCCUCUUACUACAUACUUCCCCUUACCCAACACCCCCUGCCACACGAAGUUGUUAAAGGCUCUCAGUAACUUUUAAGGGAUGAUGUCUGAGUUUGGCAUGACCACUAACUUGCUCAAACCAGUUUUUUUUUUAGUUGCCUAAACUUAACCUAAGGUUGUAUGACAUGCUGAGUGAGUCCACAUAUAAUUCCUGUAUGUAGGAUUUAAAAAAGUGGGCGGCUUCUAAUGGUAGUAUGAAAAGAGAUACUGUGGCGGACAGUGAUACACAGUGAUAUAAAUGCAGCAACGACGACUACUGUUUGGACUCGCACUCUUUGGAGAUACCAUCUCGCUUAUUUACGAGCCUCCUGCGUCACUUGUUCAGCUCUGCACAUGAGAACGUAGCUGUGUCCCAUGAGAAGACAACCGGGGAGACCAUGUCGGACGGGGAGAUUUUCAAAGCAGAGAAAGUCUUUAUUAAAGACUCUUUGGAGGGAGGAGCAGGAAACAUAAUCCAACCGCUGACAGAACUUCAAUUGAAGCCUUCGCUGGAUCACGUGAGCCUAUCUCACACCAAAGCCUCUCCCUCAGUCAGCGCUCAGUCUGAAAAUACACCCAACCACGCAGCCGCCGGCACGGCCUCUAUGGAAACAGCUGUUGAUAAACACAGGGGCAUUUCCCAGCGGCAGUGUCACGAUACCUCUGGACGUGCUGAGGUUAGCUCGGGUUGCUUUGCAAAUAUAGCGUCUGUGUCAGACGACAGAAUGAGCCCCACAGACUCUGCAGACUUGUUCCCCACGCUGGCUUCAUCCAGAGAGUCCAUCCUCUCGGAGGGCUCGGACAGAGACAAGAGCUGGUCUGCUGUGCAGCUUUCCUCUGUAACCUCUCCCGCCUCUUUCAGCCGCACCGUCUCCCCCUGCUCGUCUGUACGCUCUGGCGUCUUCUCCCCCUCUGUCACCCAGGUCAAGAGGCACUUUCUCGCUCCUGGCUCUAGUCUGAUUCACAUCCCUCAAACCUGUUUCUCAUCCUGCGAGAGCCUGUCCUCCUCCAUCUGUCCCCAAUCGCCUCCUCCCCGGCACCGGCCUCCUCUCACCCGACUCUCCCUCCUCACUGCCAUCCUGAGAAAAGGCCGUCUCCCCGUUCUGUCCUCUGCUCUGCAGAGGCCCUACACCCCCUGCUGGCCUGUUAACCCCGUGACUCUGUCCUUCUGUAAUGCUUGCUCAGCAGCCUCCAGUGUGGCCUCCAUUCCCCUGGAGUUUUCCUCUCGGUUCUCCUCAUCAGCAUCUAUAGAUAGUCAAAGCCACGGUCACAGGGAACCUACUAGAUGUAUCACCGCCCCUCCACCUGUGCAGUCAAAUGAGCUCAGCAGACCAUGCGCUCAAACUCAUGUGAAAAGAUGCUCGGAGCAAAUUCACAGUGCGCCUAGAUGGGAGCAGGUUAUUUCACCCUCGCCAGUGAAGAGCAACAAGCUACCCCAAGCUCCACUGCCUCUGUUUUGCUCAAACUUCAAAUCUGUUUCUCCACCAGAGCAUGAAGAAACAUUAGACUGCACAACUUCCAAAAAAUUGCAACACACACACAUCGCCAUUUCAAAGUCCCCUGUGCUGAAACCCAGCAACACUCAUAUGCACCUCGAGGGGCACGCUGAUAAUAACCUAAAAAAACUUAUCUCUCUGUCCCCUAAACUUAUUAAUGAGCAAGAGACCUCUGCGCCCCAGAAAUGGAGUCGCUCGCCAAAUUCAUCUCUCUCACGGCUUCAUACGCUUUCUCAAAAACUGAGAUCUCCGCCCCCCUGUCCUCCUCAGCUUCAGCCCCCUCAUCCACGCUCACCCUGCCUCACAGUUUUCCCUGCACGCACAGACGCAGCAUCACCUCUCCCUCCUUCAGAAAACACCGCACCAGGAAGGUGUGAGUCACAGAGGAGCUGCUCUGCUUCCAAACCCGCCACACUGUCACAAGGUUUUCACAAAGCCCACUGCCUGUCCCCUUCCCGCUACACCCCCAUCAGCUUUCCGGGAUGGCCUUCGCCCACCAGCUCCCCCGCCCCUACCCCCUCUCCUGCUCCACCAAUCAGAGACCUCACCCCGUCGCCUUCUCUCUCCCUCCGCUCCAUCACGCCCUCCCCAAGGCCGGGGAGUGGAAUAUCAGACUGCAGUGACAGGGAGGGUAAAAAAAGAAAGACACACAAGAUUAAGUUAAGCUACAAAUCACUCGCUGCAAUUCCCACAAACACCCUCCUGUUGGAUCAGCAGGCGAUCGACGAGCAGGUAGAGCGAGAGGACAGUCCCUUUGACACGUUGGACAGAGAUGUUGAGGACACUCACGCUGAGAUGUGCUCACCUGCUCAGCUCCGGCAACAGUCGGAGGAACUUUACGCAGUUAUUGAUGAGAUAUUGGCGAAUUCCAUUCCAGCAACCUCCAGGUCAUCGACUCCCAGCGCUGGUGUGCAGCAGAACAAUUCAACCCUUCCAAAAUCCUUGGGACGUGAAACCAAAUAUGCAUCUCUUAGCAGCUUGUACCCAUCUGCCAGCAUGGAAAGAAAGUUGAUGGAUCCUAGAAAGACGAAGCCCGGGGUUAUUCGCCCCAUGACGGCCAUUCCAAGACUGACAGUGGAGGAUGAGGAAGAGUUUUAUCCGAACCCCUUCAGGCAGUCUGUCGUCAAGCAGACUUUAACUGACAACAAGAAGGAAAAGGUGGCAAAUAUGAGUCCCGAAGAAGCAGGGAAAGAUUUUUUCACAAGCUCUAAAGGCAAAACCAUGAGAGAGGAGAGCAAGCCUGGAAGAAGAACUCCAUUCUCAUUAUGUGACCUGCAGAUUACAGAGCCUGAAGACCUGAUCGGCCGUCCUGUGAAAGAUGCUGCAGCAUCUUUCAGUCCUUCUGAGGGGCGGAUGGAAGCUUUUGAGACUCAUAUUUAAAGCAUCAACACAAAAGCAUUAAUCCUUAAUCCUAUCAAUUUUUUUUCAGUGAACAAUCUGCUAAAACAUAUUCAGUAUUUAAGCCCAUUGCACAAUUAAAGGAGGAACCAAAGAUUAAUUGCACCUUACCUAUAUUAGUGAAUGAGUGCAUGAUCAUAUAUAGUAUGCACAGCUGUUUACAGCAGUUGACUACUAGAAUUUAAGAUGCCUUACAAAGACACUAAAAAGUCAUGCAGUUGCGUUUGCUAAUUCCCAACCCCCUUGGUCUGUCAAGUUUUCUGAUCUCCCUUAGGUGCAGUUUACCAUGAUAAGUGGUGGCAGUUUCGUGUUUUGAAACAAUUAAAUUCAGACUGAGGAAGACAAAAGCUUUUCUAGUUUGCAACCAUAAAUUUUGCUGUCUCAAAUGACAAGUGCUGCUAGCACAUUUUAUCAGCUCCAGCUAGCUAAUUAAGCUCAUGUUAGCUCUGUCACUUGGCUGAAAACACUGUCUCCCGAAGAGUUUUUAAUGAUUCCUGCUCACUUGUUAGAGACCUCUGUAAAAUGGUCUUAAGUAUGUUACAAGAUGUUGUGCUAAAAGACUGAGACUAAGUCUAGGUUACGCUAAGAAAGAAGUGGUUUGUCUGACUUCAUCAGAAGGCAGAGGUGUUUGUAUCAGUUUGUAUUUGUUAUCUGAAAAAGCCGUCUGUCAUGGAAGAAGACACUAUCCAUUAAAUAUUGGGAUAACAACAACUAUUUUCAGACACUCUCCUGCCUUCACGGUGAUGCACUUGGCUGUGCAAUAGUUGUGUUGUGGGAAUGUUUGAUUGUUGGAAUUGGUUACAGAAACUGUCAGACUAAGCCCCUGCCGAAAGGUUUGUGUUUGUCUGCUUGUUUGACUAUAGUUGUGGGGUCUGAAAACUGGAAGCCCAUGAUACUUGUGGGGUCUGUGGUGCUUUGUGGGGACCAAAAUGCUGGACCCCAAAUGUUUAGGGCUUUUUGGACAUAUUAAGGGUUAGGAUUAGAAAUUACGUUUAGGUUAUUGUUAGGGUCAGGGUUGAGGUUAGGCAUUUAGUUGGGAUAGUUAAGGUAAAGGUAAGGGGCUAGGGAAUCCAGUAUGUCAAGGAUAGGUCCUCCAAAAGAUAGCUGUACAAAUGUGUGUGUGUGUGUGUGUGUGCAUCUAUUUUGUCGUCUGAUGUGCAUUUCUGACAAAGUUCACCGGCGCUGCAAUCACCAGGAUCAGACUCUACCUUUAUUUUGUACUGUUUAUAUUUUUAAUCAGCAUGUUAACUUUAAUGUAACCCUUUCUCAGAUAAAGAGACUGACUGAAAUAUUUCCUAAAUCCAAUAAAAAGCUGACAGAGCUGCUGAGGUUACCCUAAACUCUGACGUAGUAGCAUCUAGGUCCAGCUUCCACACCGAGGUGACAGUAACCAACAGGGUAGACGGACCUGUUGUGCUCAGUUAGAAGGUUGCUAAGCUGUGAUUGGACAGUUGUUCUUUGGGGGAUGAGUUUAGCAAACGGUCAGUUGGUGCAAAACCUCCAGUAGCAACAAAAGAUAUUUCAAAUCUGAUCAUAGCCCUGAAUUUUACUUUCAAGCAAAAGCUAUUUUGAAGAAAAUGUAAAAAAGCGUACAGGCUUUUGUGUGAUGAAUUCACACAGUAAGGGUAAUUGUGGUAUAAUAUAAAGGUCACGCAAUUUUGUAACUCAACACUACUAUAAAGAAAAUACAAUUUUGAUAUUAUUAAUCGAUUCGAGGAGAAACUGUAUUAUGUAAUAAAGGACUUCCCUGUC